AUGGACGAACAUCAACACCAGGCAUUUUACGAAUUGACCGUGAAUAUUCCAAAACUUACGCAAAUAACUAGAAAAAUUAGUUACUUGCGUAAACUUUGGAAUAUUCACGGUCAAUUGGUAAAACGCACCGGUGUUGUUGUUGAUCCAUCUUCUGGACAAACAGAUAUGAUGCAAACUUGGUGGAGUGAUCGGAUUGUGAAGCCUCUGCCAUUUAAAGAUUUGUUGGAUCAAGUUUUUAGUGAACAUGAUGUUGAUCAAGAUGAACUUUAUUUACCACAUAUGCAUGGCGUACAACUCCAGCAAGUUCAACCUGUUUCAGAUGUUGAUGGCAUAACAAUGUCCCAGAUGCAAGAAACUCAAACUGGUGAGACAAUAGUGGAUCUUACUAAUGAUCAAGGAUGCAACCGAUCAAUCCGGAGCAUGUCGUCACAUUGUCUUCCAAGAAGAAAAACUAGCUUUGAAACACAUGUUGAGAGUAGAUUUCAGAGUGUAAUAGAUACUCGGCAAGAAGUUUUGGAAGAACUAGGCUCAAGAAAAAUUCAGAAGAUAACUUAUGGUGAUGCAACAUCACUUCUAAAAGGCUACCAAUUGAACAGCUCAGUUUAUUUUGGAACUUCAUAUCCUAGAAUUACGUUCCCGUGGAAUUCAAACUUAAAUGAAGAUGAGUUAAUGGAGCUAAUGUUAUUGGAAGAAGAAGAGUUUCUCCAAAGGUAUAUGCAUCCUAUAUUAGAGUAG